UCCGUUGCAUUUUCAGCUCCAAAUUAUGAGUUCUAGAAAGCAAGGCGUGCCCUGUAGUGCAUCGUCGGUCCAGGUGCAUAUAUGUAACCAACAUAUGUGCCCCUGGUCCUCAGCAUCCUUUCCAGCCAGCUCUUAUACCCCGUGAUUGGUGAGCAUGUCAUGGCAACCGCAUUGUACACUAAUAUUGGACCUAACAACCUUUGGUUCUAUGUUAAGCAUUCUCUUGUUGGUAUCUGACGUUCUGACGUUGGGUCUGUUUACAAGAGCAAUUUAUUUGCGUUAUUUACAAGCUCAUAAUCCAAAUCUAUUGUAUCGUCAAUUGCACGAUGGCCGUGGUCUCUCUAUCUAUAUUCCCAUACCGCUACUCCUAGAAGAUACCUUCUCCCUGUUCCGCUUUGGUACACUAGCAUUUGAUUGCCAAUGAUAUUACAAAUGAGAAGUGACAUACUCGUGGUAUAAUAC